CUCCCGUUCUGGCUCGCCACUCCUCCUCCCUCCCAAUUCCCAAAGUCCAUUCAACUCAGGAAGGUGCAAGCAGUCCAAGGAGAGAGGGAUUUGUGCGGUUUCUUUGUGGAUAUGCUAAAGCGGUCGCAUGGUGGGUUCCGGCUCGGCCGGAAGCUGCUCAGUGCCUGGCGAUGGGUGCUCUGCGUCCGGCGCCGCCGCCGGCGAGGCUACCUGCGCCUGCAGACGACGGGCGCGACCGGCGGCGCUUGCAAGGAGGAGGGAGAAGCCAAGAGGCUGGCACCGGUGCUGCGGUGGGGGCUGUCGCUAGUGCGGCGGCUGAGCCUCGGGCGGAAGGACGGCGGGCGGCGGAUGCUGGACGUUACGCCCAAGGGCCAGGUGGCGGUGUACGUCGGCGGCGGCAACCCCGGCGAGUCGCUGAGGUACGUGGUGCCGGUGGUGUACUUCAACCACCCUAUGUUCGGGGAGCUGCUGAGGGAGGCCGAGGAGGAGUUCGGCUUCCAGCACCCCGGCGGCAUCACCAUCCCUUGCGCCGCGUCACGGUUCGAGCGCAUCGCCGCCGUGGCGGCCGCCGGGAAGAAGGGGUUCGGUAGGUGGUAGCAUCAAACCUCAGUAGGAGACCCGGCUGAUCUCCUCCUUCAGGCUCGUCGGGCGGCGGAGGCGGAUGGUGUAAAUAUGCGUUCCAUCGGAAGGGGCUGAUUUUUUGUUCUCUGUUUGUCCAUGGAUUUAAUUAGAGGCUAUCAAUUUUCUCUCUCUCGACAUGUGCGUGCCGGGGUUCAUCUUGGAAUCACUAACGGAGAGGAGUAACUGUUGUUUUUAGAUCUGUUAUUGUUUACGAAUCCAAGUUGGACGGAUUGAUCAAAUGGCGUUGAUGAAUGAUAGAACUUCCUUCCCCUUUA